AUGGUCGCCUCCGAGAAGCCCGAGGUCGACGGCUCGAACCUGUCACACCUCGAAAAUGAAAAGAUUGAUCAUCCGUCGCGGCCUGGGACCACACGGCAAAUGUCCAUGGCAUCCCGCCGACUCAGCGAGGCGCAGGCAAUGAGACUCGCCAACGAAGCCUCGAUUGUGGACGAAGAGAUUGCCGAGUUCGAAGCGGCGUUGCAGGAAACCCCUAUCAAGAGCACGUUCCUCAACCCCCUGAUAUCGUUCAACGACCCACGCCACUUCACCUGGCUCCUUGUCGGGUUCGCCUCGAUGGGCGGCAUGCUGUCGGGUCUGGACCAGAGUGUCAUCUCCGGCGCGCUGCUGUACAUGCCUGAUGACCUCCAUCUGGACUCGUCGCAGGUCAGCUUGACCAGCUCGGCGGUUCCCCUGGGAGCCAUCGGCGGCGCGCUCAUCCUGGGCCCGACCAACGAACUCGUCGGGCGCAAGAUGGCCAUCAUCAUCUCGCUCAUCCUCUACACCAUCGGCGCCGCCCUGGAGGCCGGGGCCCAGAACUUCGGCAUGAUCGUCGCGGCCCGUGUCAUCUUGGGUAUGGGCCUCGGUCUCGAAGGCGGCACUGUCCCCGUCUACGUCGCCGAGUCCGUCGAGAAGAAGUAUCGUGGCAACCUGGUCAGUCUGUACCAGCUCAUGAUCGCCUUCGGCGAGGUCAUCGGAUACGUCGUGGCGGCCAUCUUCGUCAACGUGCAACCGGGCGGCUGGCGGUACAUGCUCGGCUCGUCGCUCGUCUUUAGCACCAUCAUGUUGAUCGGAAUGUUCUGGAUGCCCGAGUCACCUAGAAUGCUGAUGCACAAGGGCAAAACUCUCGAGGCCUAUGCCGUGUGGAAGCGCAUUCGAGGCCUCGAAAAGGAGGAGGACCGCAAGGAGUUUUUCAUCAUGCACCACGCUCUGGACCACGAAGUCCGCGAGGGCGUGUCGAAGCGCAAGAGGUUCGUCUGGCUUGACUUCUUCACUGUGCCACGCGCGAGACGGUCAAUUGUGUAUGCCAACAUCAUGAUCGCCCUGGGUCAGUUGACCGGUAUCAAUGCCAUUAUGUACUAUAUGAGCACCUUGAUGUCACAGAUUGGCUUCGACAGGAAGCAAUCAGUCUUCAUGUCUCUUGUGGGCGGAGGGGCGCUGCUCCUCGGUACCAUCCCAGGUGUCCUCUUCAUGGAAAAGUACGGCCGUCGGUUCUGGGCCAACAUGAUGCUGCCGUGUUUCUUCGUCGGCCUCAUCCUGGUCGGCGUCUCUUACCACAUGACCAGCCUCACCGGAACCGAAGGCAUGUAUCUGACGGGUAUCAUCCUGUACAACGGCUUCUUCGGAUCGUACGCCUGUCUGACCUGGGUCUUGCCAUCCGAGGUCUUCCCGACAUACCUCAGAUCCUAUGGCAUGGAGUCGACCGACGUCAAUCUGUUCUUCUGCAGCUGGCUGGUCACAUAUUUCUUCACCGACAUGCAGAAGGCCAUGACCAAGACCGGUUUGACCCUGGGCUUCUACGGUGGAAUCGCCGUGCUGGGAUGGAUUUACCAGAUCCUGUUCAUGCCCGAGACCAAGAACAAGACUCUCGAAGAGAUCGACUUAAUCUUCAGCCAGCCUACCAGUGAACUUGUGAAGCAGAAUCUGCGCAACACAACGAGCACCCUGAGUGACAUUGCUCACUUUAGGUUUGGAAAGGUCUUCGCCCCAGCCGAGGAGAGUCAUGCUGGGGAAGAAGUUCACGAGGCCAAGGUGUAA